AUGUCUAACGUCCAUUGUCCUAAUAUCGAUUACCUUGUGGUGAUCGAUUUUGAAGCUACCUGUGACGAAAAUUUAUCAAAUCCACAAGCUGUACAAGUUACAAAGGAAACUGCUGAAAUUAUUGAAUUUGCUUGGGUUAUUGUUGAUACUAACACUUUAGAAGUGGUUUAUCAACAUUCUCAAUAUGUCAAACCAGAAAAUACUCCGCUAACUUCUUUCUGUACUACACUUACAAACAUAACUUGGGAUAAACUCGAAAAUGCUGGAACUUUACAAAACGCUAUUUCCACCCUUGAUAAUUAUAUUCAAUCUUUUAUUGUAUCCAACAAUAAGUCGUUUUGUUUUUGCACGCAUGGUGCUUGGGAUCUUCGUAUUCAAUUGCCCCGAGAGGCCAGGGAUAAGCAUAUUGAUUUACCUCCUUAUUUAGCUUAUUGUCGGAUGUUCGAUUUGAAACAAGAAUAUCAAAGGUGGCAAGUUCAUCAUCCAGAUGUAAUAUUAAAGUGUCAAUCGUUGAAUGAAAUGUGUUCAGCCUUCGAAUUACAAGCUGUAGGACAACCUCAUUCUGGUUUAGGUGAUUCCUUGACUAUGGUUAAUAUUAUUCGAUAUUUUUGUUCUUUCGGUCAUCAAGAUGUAUUUGUGAAUCCUAUCGAUACCCACGCGGAUUUGAAUCAAUUUAAAAAAGAACAAUCAAAGGUUAUCCAUUUGGCUGGCUUACCUUAUGAUGUCACUCAACCUGAAUUAGAAGCUUGGUUUUCUGGUCAAGGUGUAAGACCGACUACAUUAUGGAUGAUUAAAACGCCUGAUCAUCAAAAACCUAGCGGCUCUGGAUUUGGUAUCUUUACCACGCAUGAAGAUGCCAUGGCUUGUUUGGAUAUGAAUGGUAGGACCUUAGGUGAUAGAGCUAUUGAAGUAAGUCCAAGUAGCGAAAGGGUCAUUGAGGCAGCGGGGGCUAUUUUGGCAUCGUUUCCGAUGACCAAAACUCGUCUACGUCCUGGUGAUUGGGUCUGCACUGUUUGUCAAUUCCAUAAUUUCGCUUCUCGGAGAACUUGUUUCAAGUGCAAUGGUAACAAUCCUAAUCCAAUGGUGCCACAAACUCCUCCUAAUUUUACAACGAUUUGUAUGCGAUGUGGUUCCCAAAACCAUUUGGGUUAUGAUUCUUACGGGAAUCCUGCGAACGAUCAAGGUUACAUUUCUAACAUAGGCCAUGGCCCUUCAUCACCAGCUCCGGCGCCAUUCCGUGCUGGUGACUGGAUUUGUCCGACUUGCAACUCUCAUAACUUUGCUUCUCGUUUUCAAUGCAUCCGUUGUGGAUUGUCAAAGCCUGCCCAGCUUCAAGGCAAUCCUCCCCCAACGGCAAACAUGAAACCUGGCGAUUGGUUGUGUCGUAAUGAAAUAUGUGGUUAUCAUAACUUUGCUAAAAGGACACAUUGUGCAAAAUGUGGCACUCCAAAUAAUAGUGCAACGGUUGGGAGUGAAAAUGGUUUUCAAUGA